AUGGAUGACACCGCACUCAGUUCCGAUGCGAUUGUAUCCGGCAGUGAUAUAGAAGAUAUUAAUUUCUUUUUACGUGAGAAAACACUUGCUGAUAUGACGACGGGUCCAAUUGAAUCUGAUCAUGAUCAUCCAGUUUUGAGUCCUGAAGCAUUGAUAAAACAGAUUCAAAAUCAUCUAUCUCUAUUAACAGACCGUUACGGAGGAGCAAUGAAAGAAAUUAAAGCUAUUUUGGAAAAACAACAACAACUACAAAUAAAAUUGAACGAAGAUAAAAAUGCCAAUCGAUCUAUUUUUGAACAAACAUUUGCCGAUUCGGCUUCAGAGAACACAAAUACUUUGUCCACCGAGGCUGAGUCCGAUUGCGAUGAUGGCCAUGGAUCGAAAGUUGCCACAUAG